AUGUCGUCUAAAGAACUGUCAGUGAUUCAGGCAGCUCAGUAUGUAGGGCCAUAUCGACUGGAGAAGACCCUCGGGAAAGGCCAGACAGGUCUGGUGAAGCUGGGGAUUCACUGCAUCACUGGUCAAAAAGUAGCCAUCAAAAUAGUCAACAGAGAAAAGCUCUCAGAAUCUGUGUUGAUGAAGGUGGAGAGAGAGAUUGCCAUUUUAAAACUGAUCGAGCAUCCACAUGUGUUGAAACUUCAUGAUGUUUAUGAGAACAACAAAUACCUAUAUUUGGUAUUGGAGCAUGUAUCAGGUGGAGAGCUGUUUGACUAUUUGGUGAAGAAGGGCAGACUGACGCCUAAAGAGGCGAGAAAGUUUUUUAGACAAAUAAUAUCUGCUGUGGACUUCUGUCACAGUCACUCCAUUUGUCAUAGAGACCUGAAGCCAGAAAACCUCCUGCUGGAUGAGAGGAACAAUAUCAGAAUUGCAGACUUUGGCAUGGCAUCACUACAGAUGGGAGACAGUCUGUUAGAUACAAGCUGUGGAUCUCCACAUUAUGCUUGUCCAGAGGUUAUCAGGGGUGAGAAAUAUGAUGGACGACGGGCGGACGUGUGGAGCUGUGGAGUUAUUCUCUUCGCUCUUCUAGUGGGCGCGCUGCCCUUCGACCAUGAUAACCUGCGGCAGCUGCUGGAGAAGGUGAAGAGUGGAGUGUUCCACAUGCCCCAUUUCAUCCCACCUGACUGCCAGGCUCUCCUGCGUGGCAUGAUUGAGGUCAAUCCUGAAAAGAGAAUCACGCUAGAGGCCAUUCAGAAGCAUGCCUGGUAUCAAGCUGGCCGUAAUGAGCCAUGUCCGGAGCAGCCACUCCCGAGGCGUGUGUGCAUGGGACGGGUCAUGUCUCUCACUGAGCUGGACCCAGAUGUGUUGGACAGCAUGUAUUCUCUGGGGUGUUUCAGGGACAGGGUUAAACUCACCCAGGACCUGCAGUGUGAGGAAGAUAACCAGGAGAAGAUGAUCUAUUAUCUUCUGCUGGAUCGUAAAGUGCGCUAUCCCAGCUAUGAGGAUGAGGAUCUUCCUCCCAGAAACGAUGUUGACCCUCCACGGAAGCGUGUAGACUCACCUAUGUUGACCCGCCAUGGCCGUUGCCGACCAGAGAGAAAGAGUCUGGAGGUGUUGAGUGUAACAGAGCAGGGCUCUCCUACACCCCCACGCAGAGUGUUGGAUACCUCAUGUCACAGCCAAAGAUCUCGAUCUGUUAGUGGAGCAUCAACUGGCCUGUCUCCUAGUCCUCUAAGUAGUCCCAGGGUAAGUGCCUGUUAGCCUUUUGUCACCCCUCAGGGCUCUCCCCUGCCUACCCCCCUGGGUACCCCAGUGCAUCACCCCCACCCCCCCACCGCUACCCCACCCUGUUCUUCCUCCUCUUCCCCUUCUUCCUCCCGAGCCGAGGGAGGAGGUGUGGGUGUCGGCUCACUCUCCUUGACCCCACCCUCUAGUCCAGGAGGAGGCGGGGGCAUGGCUGCCAGUAGCUCUGCCCAUUGGAAGACACGCCUCAACUCAUUGAAGAACAACCUGUUGGGGUCACCGCGAUUCCAUCGACGCAAGUUACAGGUGCCAACUACAGAGGACAUGUCCAGUUUAACUCCAGAAUCAAGUCCAGAGCUAGCCAAGAGGUCUUGGUUUGGGAAUUUCAUCAGUCUGGAAAAAGAAGAGCAGAUUUUUGUGGUCAUCAGAGACAAACCCCUUAGUUCGAUCAAAGCUGAUAUCGUCCAUGCAUUCCUCUCUAUCCCCUCCCUCAGUCACAGCGUAAUCUCCCAGACAAGUUUUCGAGCAGAGUACAAGUCUUCUGGAGGUCCAUCUGUUUUCCAGAAACCCGUCAAAUUCCAAGUAGACAUCUCGUUCUCUGAGGGGGACAGAGAGCGGGAGAGAGAGAGGGAUGGACAGAAGGAUUUUGGAAUCUACAGUGUUACUUUUAGCCUAAUAUCAGGUCCAAGUCGCAGGUUUAGAAGAGUUGUUGAAACGAUUCAAGCCCAGUUGCUCAGUUCUCAUGAUCAGCCCUUGGUACAAGCUCUUUCAGAUGAGAAGAACAAUCGCCCUCCUAGAACACCAACCAGACAAAACUCCCGCCGCUCAGAGGGUGGAAGCGAUCGCUGUGAAUGGGUGGAUCGUGGAGAGGGUGGGGUUUUACUCCAGCGCAGGGGGUCGGGCAAAGAGAGAACCCGCCUACUUUCCUCCAGUGGAACGCAAUCACAGCCUUGAGUGAGAAAAAUUGUGAAUAAUCAGCAGUCCAUCACAAUAUGAGCCAUGUCACAAAAUGAGACUUAAACACCCAUUAUGUCCUUCUCACCUCAGAACAGCAUGAUGGUAAAAUGUGUUUUAAAGAGGAGCUUUUCAAAAGUCUAAUGAAACCAAAUAUUGAUGCCUCAUUAUGGAAGAACAUGGGAUGCAGUGAAGCCAGAAUGAUCUCCAUUAAACAUCACACCACACUCAAACACAACAUGGACCUAUUUGGAAUCUACCACCUCCAAACUGUCUUCUAAAAAUAGUUUCAUCAUGGACAAUGCUUACAUUUUAUGUGGUAUUCUCUUAUGUAACUUAGAUGUAAAGUGCAUAUGUGAAACGAAAGUUUCCAGUUGGGUGUAGCACACCAUUUUUUUUUCUUACAGGCUUGGUAUCUGUUUAAAGGUAAAGUGUGUAAUAUUUCUGAUGUUAAAAUACUUUUAUCCCUGCUUAAUAUGCAGAGACAACAAUAAGUAAUCCAUUGGCAGUGUUAUUUCCCCGAAAAUGUAAAAACUGUGGCGCUAUCAAAAUAUUGCUCUGUUUGUUUGAGUACCCUGUCCAACCCCAACACAGCAACAUUGGCUCAAUCAAUGGCAUGACUUUGGGGCGGGACUAUCUAUAUGUCCAGCCAAUGGCAGACUACGAGAGUGUUCGGGAAACCCGUUUAAAAAACGUUAUUAUGUUUGGAAUUCCGUUUAUACACAGAAAUUACACACUUCACCUUUAAGUAAUUGAGUAAUUAUAGCAACAGAGUUGUUAUUCCAAUUUAGCCUGAAUCCUUAUCCUUCAGCUCAAGUUAAUACCAAUGAGAUCCAGACCCAAAAGCUAUCAACACCACCAGUCUGUUCAGACAUAUGCAAUAAAUAUCAAUAAGCUAAAAAGGUUCAGUUUAACAAAGCUGCACAUGCUGAAUCUUUUGAAACAUGAUUACCUCCUUGAGCAGACAGACUAAUUUCAUGGCAGUAAAUAAGUAUCGUCGCUUACAGCCCUGUGUCAUUAUUACCUAUAUACCUGAUUUUCACAAGAUCACACAAACUGCUAUCCUAACUGAGGUUCCUGCUAUCCAUGUAAAUGCUGCUUGCUAAAUUUCGUCAACCCUCACUGCAACUUUCACCCCAAAUGACAAGAGGAGGGAUUCUGAUUGUAAAACAACUCUCUGUGAGUUUUAGCCCUCAUUAAAUCUGGCUGUGAUUCACCCUUUAGGCAGAUCUAAUGUAUGAGAGCGCAUCUGAACAAUAGUGGAGAAUUCUUAUGAAUUUUGACUUCAGAAGUGGCACCAAGAGUUCAAAUCUACGUAAUAUAUAUAUAUGUAAUAUUCAUUCCAAUCCUCUGUUGAUGCUAGACUUUUGGUUGAAGCCAACCAAGUGAAUGUUAUUGAAUAUUUUUAUCUAAAAUGAAUUGAUCUCUAAUUUAUUGGUAUAUUACUUCUGGGGAUUGGCACAAUGAAAAAGAGUGACCAGUAGCUGUACAUAUCUGUGUGUAAAAAGAAAAAAGAAUGGAAUGGAAUGUUUGUGGUCUUAAUUUGGGGGAAUAUGAUUAUUAUGAACCAUAUAAUCUGUUGCAUAAGCUGAUUUUCUCAUACUGAAAACUAAUAAGUCGACUUUACUUAGUAUAACUGAUUGAGCAAACUUAUUCCCUUAAUUGAACUGAAUAAUGGCUGCUCCAAAACUUGUGUAAUUAAAUUCCCUUAACUGUGUGAGCAUAUAGAAUGAAAUUAACUAUUUAAGUUAAAGGGAUAAUUCACCCAAAAAUGAAAAUAGUCUCAUUACUCACCCUCAUGCCAUCCCAGAUGUGUAUGACUUUAUUUCUUCUGCUGAACACAAACAAAGAUUUUUAGAAAAAUAUCUCAGCUCUGUUGUGUCAGAACUUUGAAGAUCCAAAAAGCAUAUAAAAACAGCAUACAAGUAAUCUGUAUGACUCCAUUGGGUAAAUCCAUAUCUUCAGGAGCGAUAUGAUUCUAUUUUAAGUCCUUUUUUACUAUAAAUCUCCACUUUCACAGUCUUCUUUUGUAUUUGGCGAUUCACAUUCUCUGCCACCUACUGGGCGAGGAGGAGAAUUUAGAGUAAAAAAGGACUUUAAUAUUGAUCAGUUUCUAACCCACACCUAUCAUAUCACUUCUGAAGAUAUGGAUUUAACCACUGGAGGAUAAUUGAUUUUAUGCUACCUUUAUAUUCUUUUUGGACCUUCAAAGUUCUGGCCACCAUUACCUUGCAUUCUAUGUACCUACAGAGCGAAGAUAUUUUUCAAAAAAUCUUCUUUUGUGUUCUGCAAAAGAAAGAAAGUCAUACACAUCUGUGAUGGCAUGAGUGUGAGUAAAUAAUUAGAGAAUUCUUAUUUUUGAGUGAACUAUCCCUUUAAGGUAACUAGAUGCAAGUAGACUUAUCUCAGCUUUGCAAUUUAAAUGUUGUUGUUUAUACAUCAUUUUAAUUGAAUGGACUCAAAUGUAUAUCAUACAAUUACACGCCUUAAAUUAAAAGAUUAAAACUGUUUCUAGUUCAAUCAUUAAUGCCCAUACUUCAGUUGUACAUAAACAGGGAGAAAUGACAUAGUGUUAACAAGGUCCAACUUGACCAAAGUAGACAAAGAUCACCCUAAUGGUGGCAUCACACAAAACAACUAUUUGCAACAAAUCAACACAAAUAAUACUACAAAAGAGCUAAAACCUGUAUGAAUUCUUAAUAGCAACUAAUUAAAUGCCCCCAUACAUUCCAUUUGACCAACGAAACAUAAUUAAAUAAUCAAGCAGCAAGGGAUUGUGGUUAUUCCCCAUAGCCUCAAUUUUGUACUCAAUAGUUUGAGUUAUUAACACUUAAAUUCUUAAGUCUAUGGAUUUUUUUAAAGAUGAAUAAGUUCAAUGAACUUAAAUAUUUUAGAUAUGAGCCUAAAACUUGACAUUUCAAGUAAGACAACUUGAUUUUUCCAGUAAUGACAACAUUAAGGUUCUAAAUUAAAUUAAAUCUAAACAUAUUUUGGAUUUAUACACUGUAAAAAUGUCAAAAAGUCACAAAUAUUAUUUAAAAUGACUAAAUCAACCAGAAUAGAGUAGGUUACACCAAUGAAAGUAAUUUAAGGGUUAAACAAAUAGAAAUAGAUCUGUUAAGUAGCAAUUGCACAUUACCACUUUUUACAGUUUAGAGCCAAUAUAAUUAUGAAUGAUUGGUUUUACAAAUAAGGUGAAGUGUGUCAUUUUUUAGAUGUUAAAUGUAGUUGUGGUGAUGAUAGUGCAGCAACAAUUACACCCUUAACCUUCAAGAGGAAAGCUAUGGUGCCUUGAUCCCUCCACAUAUUAACAAAAAUAGAAAAGUUAAUCCUGACUUUAUAUCUCACAAUUCUGGCUUUAUUUCUAGCCUUUGCAUAAUAUAAUCUCACAAAAGCAAGAAAUACAUUUGCAAUUGCAAGGUUUUAUAGACUUCAUGUCUCGCAAUUUCCACUUUUGCAAAAAGUAAUAAAGUCACAACUGCCAGAAAUAUGGUCACAAUUGUGAGAUAUAAAGUCAUAAUGAAACAUUUAUUAUUAUUAUGAUUAUUAUUCCGAGGCGGGAUCAGAAAACGGCAUCACCGAGAAGAGUAACAGAAUUUGAAUCUCCUGUGUUUGUUCGCUCGUACACAGUGUUACUUUAAUGACAGUAAAAGAAGGGAUUCCCACUGGAUGGUUGCAGUCACAACACAUUUACUCUGAUGUGGAGGAUAUGCUGUACCUCGUGUACCAACAGAAAAAACAUGAAAUUGAAUGAAUGGUAUCUGAAACAAAACAAGCCAUUGUCUAGGCCACAGACCUUGCUUGCACCAUUUCACAAAUAUGUACAUUCACGUAAUGUAAUUAGAUUUUUAUCUCCAAUUAUAAUUCUAUUACAGUAUAAAAAUAUGAAAUUGAUCUCUUUGUACAGCACUGCUUUGUCAUUGGGCUUCCGUGCAACAGUUAUGCAACUAAUCCAGAAUAAUUUAUCUGAAAGAGGGACCUCUACAAUACUCUCUCUCUCUCCCUCUUUAGCUUUUCAGCUAAACAAUGGUCAUAAAUUCUCUUAGUGUGAUCUUUCAGAGUUUGGUGUGUCUGUUCAAGCAUCUCUUCUUCAUAUGUGUGUAUUAAUUUAUUGAACUAUUUACUGUGUGUAUGGACAUCAACUUUAUUCUUGUUAUUUAAAAAAAAAAACUCUUCAAACUCAUUAUGCCAUGUGACAGAUGUACCAUCAUAUUAUAUCAUAUAUUUAUAAUAUACAUAUUGUCUGAGCAAGGUAUACAAGAUGUCAGUCAGAGCAAGGUAUGCAUUUUUGGGUAGCAAACCAUAACCAUCAUAGUUAAUAUCAAGCAAUGUCCUUUCAUAUAUGCUGCAAAAGAGAAUAGCGUAUACAGUAUAUUAUAUUUUUGCACCAUGUAAUGGCACAAAUAUGGAUGUGAACAUCCAUUUGGACAUAUCACGGCUUGAAUUGUCUUAGCUGGUUAUCAGUUGUGGUUAAAGGUUUAGUUUACCCAAUAAUAAAAAC